AUGAAAUAUGAGGGGUUAAAGAGUCUUGAAGUGAAUGACAUUGAAAGGAAUUUGAUUAUUGGACUUAUCCAUGAUCAAUUUCUCCAAUUUAAAGAAGUUGCAGAUUUCUCAUUUCCCGUCCUUAGCUUUGUUGAUCACAAGAAGCCGUCUGCUGGUUGCCUUUCGCCUGUCGACGCCUUCCACCGAUCUUCAUUGAGACCUUCGUGUAAUCGAGUAAUCGACUGUGUCUUCGAGACUUCGACUUUGUGUACUGUGCUUGAAUUAGACCGCAUACGACUCAACCGUCUGCUUGACUGUGUCUUUGAGACUUCGACUUCGUGUACUGUGCUCGACUUCGACCGUCCAAAAAACCCACGACUUCUGGGGUUGAACGUGGGACAUGGUCUUCAUGUGAAGCUGAGACUUCGAAAGCCAAAUACAGAUUGGGAUUUUUACCCUUUUGAUCAUGUUCUUGAUACAAUGUUACAUGAGCUGUGUCAUAAUACCAUUGGCCCUCAUAAUGCCGGUUUCUACAAACUCUGGGAUGAGCUCAGAAAGGAAUGUGAGGAGCUGAUGAGUAAGGGAAUAUUAGGUUCUGGAGAUGGGUUUGAUCUACCAGGUAGACGCUUAGGUGGCUUCUCUCAUCAACCUCCUCUCUCAUCUCUCAGACCUGCUGCAGAAAACAGAGCACGCCAGGGACCAUCAGGUCCUAAACGUGUUGGUGAGGAAGUAAUUGAGGAGGAAGAAAGUAGUGCACAGGUGCAACAAAAUGUGACCUCUUUUUCUAGUGCCAAGACUCAUCAGAGAGGAGGUCCUCCUUCAGAAUCAUGCUUUGUUGACUUGACAUCACCAGCUAAAAGAGGACGUGAUAAUGAUAUCCACAGGUCCUCCUCUGGGUGGGAGUGUAUGAUAUGCACAUUGCUGAAUCCAGUUUUGGCUCCAGUGUGUGAGCUGUGUGGAACCCACAGACCGAAAUCUGUUGAAGACAAAUAUAAGACAUGGUCAUGCAAGUUUUGUACACUGGAAAACAAUGUGACACUAGAGAAAUGUGGGGCGUGUGGGCAGUGGAGAUAUUCUUAUGGCCAACCCAUAGCUACCCCAUCACCAAAUGUGGGUACUUAAAACAAACAAGCAAACGUACACAAAUUUAGAAUUGUUUUUCUAAUGAUUUGACAAGCAAUGGACUCGAAGAAUAUGAUGUCUAACUUGUUUUGUUCACAACAUGUAAAGAGAACAAGCAUCCAUCUCUUGAUGCUAAUUUCAUUUUGAUGUUUUGUAUUUUAUCUUUUGGGUUGUUGCUGUUGACUGUGUUGUAUUCGCUCAUGCUUAAGCUCGGGUCUC